AGUUUCCUUUAACAGCAUCGGUCUCUGAACUUGGCCCGUCGUGGGCUCUUUGUUGUCAGCACCAUGGACAGCAACCCUCUGGAGCGCCUCGACGCUGCGGAUUUCUUGCACAUCUGGCAGCACUUCGAUGCCGACGGCAAUGGUUACAUAGAGGGGAAGGAGCUUGAGAACUUUUUCCGUCACCUGCUAAAGGCAUUGGACCGUGGAAGCAUCAUAACAGAAGAAAAAGUUCAGAGGGUGAAAGAACAAUAUAUGUCAGCUUAUGACAUGACUGCAGAUGGCCGCUUACAGAUACAAGAGCUUGCCAAUAUGAUCCUGCCAGAGGAUGAGAACUUCCUGCUGCUUUUUCGACGAGAAACACCCUUGGACAAUAGUGUGGAGUUCAUGCGGAUUUGGCGUCAAUAUGAUGCUGAUAGCAGUGGCUUUAUUUCCGCUGGUGAGCUCAGAAACUUUCUACAAGAUCUUUUUCAGCAACAUGGAAAAAUUAUUUCUAAGGCAAAAUUGCAGGAAUAUACUGAUACCAUGAUGAAGAUCUUUGACAAAAAUAAAGAUGGACAACUGGAUCUGAAUGAUCUAGCAAGGAUCCUGGCUCUUCAAGAGAAUUUUCUCCUUCAAUUUAAAAUGGAUGCUUGUAGUGCAGAAGAAAGGAAGAGAGAUUUCGAGAAAAUCUUUGCUCACUAUGAUGUUAGUAAGACAGGAGCACUUGAAGGCCCAGAAGUGGAUGGGUUUGUUAAAGAUAUGAUGGAACUUGUCAAGCCUAGCAUUAGUGGCACAGACCUGGAUAAAUUGCGGCAGAUACUGCUUCGCCACUGUGAUGCCAACAAGGAUGGGAAGAUUCAAAAAUCUGAACUUGCCUUGUGUCUAGGAAUUAAAAUGACCCCAUAGACCUCAGUGAGCUUCUGCUACGGUUUGCCAGUUUUUGUCCUUUGUAAGCCUGCUGGCCCUGGUAGAGCAUUUUCAGAGCUAUGUUUGUAAGCUGUGUUAUAUUCCUGAAACUGCAAGAUAAGGACAACUCACUGCUGAGAGAAAUAUUCAUUUGCAGGGAUGCAGCCAAACAGAAAGUGUGCGAUGAGCAGUAACUUGUUCCAUGUUGUUCCAAAUGAGAUAUUAUCUGAGGGAUUUCUUUUGUAAGCAUUUUCAUAUCCUCAAACCCAUCAGUCUAUCAGGAUAUGUGGUCUUCACCAGAAAUGCUACAACAGAAUUUUAUUGCAUUCAGGCUAAAAUUAAAGCUCCCUCUUUCCUUCUCAAUGCUUCAUGUCUGUGACAACUACUUUAUAUGUGAGACUCGCUGUAUUUUUUAAAAGGUACUAUAUCAGUUGCAGCUCAGUGUGUUUGCUUAAGAUUAAAAACAAC